CCGUCCGUACGCGACUGUGCGCGGUUCAUUCUUCAGUAGACGUCCGCACAUUCGAACCGCAACAUGACGCGAAUGAUUGCGUUACCGUUGCUCUUGCUGCUGGCCGCUGUGGCGGUCCGCACCCAACAGCAACAGCAGCCUUUCCUCACGGAAAUAUUCCCCGAACAGCUUGAACAACAGCAGCUACAGUUCCAACAGAACCAGGUACAGGUGCAGUUGCAGCAGGUGCAGCAGGCACUUGAGGCCAGGCCGCAGGACCCCGGACUCCGGGAUUCGCUGUUCCAGCAACAGCAACAGUUCGUGCAGAUGUUUCAGGACAUCCAGCGGCAACAACUGGUCCUCCAGCAGAGGAUACAGGACAGGCUCAGAGGUGCGCAAACCGUACCGCAACCUGUGCAGCCCGUACAGCCCGUACUGCAGCAGCAAGUGCAACCGGCACCGCCAGUCGAGCAACCAUUCAGGAAAUCACCUAGUACCCAGGGAUUGUGCAAGACAGCGAACGGUGAAUUGGGAUCGUGCCGGCCACUGGUCAGUUGUUUGUUGUUUUACGCCGAACUUCCCGAAAUCAAAAGACAACCGUGCAAGUUGGCGGUCAACGAAUUUGGCGUGUGUUGUCCUUUUAAAAGCCUUAAUCCAGCCAACAACCAACAGACGUCGGCUGCGACCACAGUUACCGGCGUGAUCAGAGCACCGCCGCCGCCGCCCGUCGAAAUACCACCAUUCACGCCGGAACAGUUAAACAUCGCCGCGACAAACGCGCUGCAACGCUUAAACGAGCGACGGGUACUUGUUACGUCUCUAUUUACGAAACGAAUACUGGUGCCCACAGGCAGUGCCGCAGCAUGGCACCAAGAGCUCUUCCCGACCACCAACGAGACCCUCACAGAAGGUGAACAGGCCCAGAAAUCCGUGGAUGCCAGCGUGGGGCUUGUAAACGAUUUCAACUUGACACGUGAGCAAGGUACAUUUGCCUUACCGAGUUUCAGUAUUCUCGACACAGUACUUGGCGAUACUUGUCCUAGGACAUCAUUUUGCCAACCUCAUAAAUACAGAUCAACUGAUGGGUCUUGUAAUAAUAUCCAACACGAGCUUUGGGGGCGAGCUAGCACGGCUUUACAGAGAAUUCUUCCUCCAAAAUAUGGAGACGGUGUAAAUUCUCCGAGGUCGAGAGCAGCCAACGGGUCGCCGUUGCCAAGUGCGAGACAAGUGAGUGUCACAUUUACGCAAGAUGUGGAUUCGCCGUCUGAAAAUUACACAAUGCUGUUAAUGCAAUGGGGACAAUUCUUAGACCACGAUACAACGCAUACACCCAUAAGCAGAGGUCAAAUGGGUAGUGGGAUAUCGUGUUGUAGAAAUGGACGAGAAAUCGAAAGUUCUCUACGCCACCCGGACUGUUUCCAGAUAGAAAUCCCCCGUAACGAUCAUAUGUUCGCGCCUUUUGGCGAGAGGUGCAUGGAGUUCGUCAGAUCACUACCAGCGCCACGUCCCGAAUGUAAUUUUGGACCCAGGGAACAGAUGAAUCAAAUCACCGCUUACCUCGAUGGAUCUAAUAUAUACGGGUCUUCGCUGGCCACUCAGCAAAGCCUCCGAACGUUCCGAGGUGGUAUGCUCCAAUCACAAAAUAUCAGAGGAAAGCAGCUUUUACCGGGAAAUCCUUCCGAGUGUUCCGACGAUACCGGCAGAUCUGCUUGUUUUAAGGCGGGCGACGGACGCGUAAACGAACAAAUAGAUUUAGCUCUUUUGCACACCAUUUGGCUGCGUGAGCAUAAUCGUAUCGCUUUCGAGUUGUCCCGACUAAACCCUCGUUGGAGCGACGAAGCAAUAUUCCAAGAAACGCGAAGAAUAAUCAUUGCUCAGAUACAACACAUAACCUAUAAUGAAUUUUUGCCGAUCGUUUUAGGUAGAAGUUAUAUGGCCAAAUUUGGGCUAUCUCCAGCAGAAAAUGGGUGGACAAGAAAUUAUGAUCCAGAGUUAAAUGCUGGAAUAACCAAUGCUUUUGCGGCAGCUGCUUACCGAUUCGGUCACACACUUAUUCAGGGAAACAUCCAUGGUUAUGGAAAAUUUGGUAACAUCAGAGAAAAUCUUGUACUCAGCAAACAGCAUUUUGCACCAUUUAGUUUAUACAAAGAAGGAGCUUUAGAUGACUUUAUCAGAGGAAUAUCUUUCCAAAGCUCUCAAAAUUUUGAUAGAUUCUUUACUAGAGAAAUCACUGAUCAUUUAUUCCAAGGUAAUCUAAAUUUUGGACUUGAUCUAGUAGCAUUAAAUGUACAAAGAGGGCGUGAUCAUGGUUUACCACCGUACAAUGAAUGGCGACAAGUAUGUGGGUAUGAAAAAGCAAGAAACUGGAACGAUUUAGAAGAAUAUAUGGAACCACAAACUAUUAUUAGACUCGCACGAUUGUACAGUUCAGUAGACGAAAUAGACUUAUAUAUUGGAGGAGUUUCAGAAAAACCGUUGAAAGAUGCUCUAGUAGGCCCUACUUUUGUAUGCAUCAUUGGAGAUCAAUUCUCUAGACUUAGACGUGGUGAUAGAUUUUUCUAUGAAGAAGGCGGUCAUCCAUCUUCCUUUGAUCAAGUUCAACUACAAGAACUCAGAAAGAGUAGUUUAGCAAGAUUAUUGUGUGAUAAUUCUGAUGAUAUGGCUCUCAUUCAACCAUUAGCUUUUUUAAAACCAUCAUUUUUGAAUCAAAGGGUAGCUUGUGCAAGUUCUUCUAUACCAAAAGUGGAUUUAAGAGCAUGGGCUGGAGAAAGAACAGCAGUACCAUAAACUUGAGAUCAUAUUAAUAUCCACCAUACCAAUCAAAUUAUAAAAAUGCUAUGAAAAAAGGAAAUUAAAGAACAGGCAUUCAUGCAACAUGUGAUCUAUCACACAACUUAGAAUUUAAUAAUAUCUAAUCUAUCAUAUACUAUAAAAUAUAUUAAAUUAGUUGUUAUGGUCAAUUUAAAAAUCAAAAUUUAGUAGAAAAUGUGUAUGACGAAUCGUCUAAAUGUACAUAUAUAUAUGAUUGAUACUAGGUACCAAUCAAUAUAUAAAUUUGAUGAUAUUUUUAUCAAUUUAAUACAGAAUAUUCAUAAAGUGUAGGGUUAAAUUUAAAAAAAUAAAAUUGCAGUGUUAUA